AGAACGUCUCUCUCUCUCUCUAGGGUUGUCAUGGCAUGUAAAUGUGCGAAGCGGCACCAAAGAUUUUGUUAAAAUAUUCAACUGCCGAAAAAAUAUUGCUUGGCUUUAUUGUCAGCGUAUAACAAUAUGACAGCUGUAAGUUCCAAUUUAGGGGGCAGCCUCAAAAGUCAAUGGGUGCAGAAUAGUCAGCUGUUUUUUCGUUAUUUAAUAUGCUGCUUGUGUUGCGGUUUUACUAAAGUAAUUUAUUAAGUUGUUAAUGAAAAUUUUCAAUAUGUCUAUAUUAAGAACGUCUGUUACUCUUCUUGCUUUGAGUAAAACGUUAGUUCCAACUCAAAAUCUGGUGGGCUGUCGCACAAUCAAAAGAUGGGUGGCACCAACACUUCGUGAAUUGAAUAGAAGAGCAAAAAAGCUUGGACCUCAAAAACCAGAACCAAGGUCGGGAUUUGUUGAAUGGAAUUAUCGAGCUGAAUUAUUUGCUUUUGGCAAGAGACUGCAAGAAGACUUUCAAUUACCCCUGCUUCAAACUGCUUUCACACAACAGUCGUAUAUCGCCAAAGAAGAGGCAAAACAGAGAGAGCUUGGUAUAGAAGAUGUCGACAUUAAAAUGUCGCAUAAUAAUGAACUAGCUGCUGUAGGUGACCGUAUUGUCAAAGAGUAUGUUGAAGCAUUUGUAGUCCAUUCAUUGCCUAAAUUGCCGGCCGAAGGUCACAAAGCUAUCGUUUCUUAUUUAAUGAGUACUGAUACCCUAUCACAUGUAGCCUUACAUUUGGGUAUGAAGGAAUUACUUUUGGAUGCCGACUAUCCACCUUCUAAUGAGUCCAUGGCAGAAUCCCUUAAAGCUGUUAUAGGUGCAUUAGAAAAAUCCUCAGGCAUUGAAAGGUCCUAUAUGUUUGUAAGGGAUUUUAUAUGCACGCUAUUGAAUCAACGAGAUAUUCUGGAUUUAUGGAACAUAGAAAACCCGGAAGAUUUAUUGCAACAACAAUGUAAAGCUAGAAAAUUAGCUGCACCCGAACCUCGCCUUUUGGGAGAUUGCGGUAAAAACACAGUGCUGGCCGCUUACCACGUUGGUUUAUAUUGUGAUAAAAAGUUAAUCGGCAAAGGCUUUGGCGAGGAUAUUCCCACUGCUGUUAAAACUGCUUCAUUGGAUGCGUUGCAAACUUUGUUUGGCAUACACGAUAAUAUGAAACCAUUAAAUUUUAAAAUACAAGUUGAAAAUAAAACUGCUAAAAUUAACAAAUAAA